CAUUUGAUGACAUCACGAACAGUUCCAAGUAUAACUGGAUUGAUGUUUCAUUCGAUGACAACAUGGAUGCGGAGAUUAGUCCAGCAAAACGGGCAAAAGUCGACAAUGGCAAUACCGAAGAUGGUGACCUGAAGACAUAUCAUGGUUACAUUGAGGAGGAACACGAUAAAAACGCCAUCAGUCUCCUAUUCUCUACGAAAGAGGAGGUCGGGGCACUGGCUGGCUGUCUCAAAGUUUUCAAGAAACACAAGGUGAACUUGUCCCACAUAGAGUCUCGUCCGUCGAAGAGAGGUAAUGAUAGUUAUGACUUCUUUGUCAAUUGCGAUUCUCACCAACAAGCAACGUUUAGGACCAUGGUGGAUGAACUGCGAAUGCGUACUACAACGUUGAAAAUUUUAACACGAGACGGCACUGAUGAAGGACCAGGAUCAGUUCCUUGGUUUCCAAGAAAGAUCAGCGAGCUUGAUCGAUUUGCAAACCAGAUCCUUAGUUAUGGUUCGGAGCUUGACUCGGAUCAUCCGGGAUUUACUGACAGUGUUUACAGAGCGAGGAGGAAAGAAUUUGCUGACAUAGCCUUCCAUUACAAACAUGGAGAAGAGAUACCACGAGUGACCUACACACCAGAGGAAAUCCAAACCUGGUCGACAAUGUAUGACAAGUUGACAGCACUUUACCCUACACACGCCUGUCGGGAGUUUAACCAUAUAUUCCCACUCCUGGAAGAGAACUGUGGCUAUAGACGGGACAAUAUCCCACAGCUCGAAGACAUUUCUAAAUUUCUAAAAGACUGUUCCGGCUUCAGCAUAAGGCCCGUCGCUGGUCUGUUAUCAUCACGUGACUUCCUGGCUGGACUGGCAUUCCGUGUAUUCCAUGCAACACAAUAUAUUCGUCAUAGCUCAAAACCUAUGUACACACCAGAGCCUGAUGUGUGUCACGAGCUGAUUGGCCACGUGCCUCUCCUAGCAGAUCCUUCAUUCGCUCGGUUCUCACAAGAGAUUGGUCUGGCCAGCCUUGGGGCCCCUGACGAGUACAUCCAGAAACUUGCAACGUGCUACUGGUUUACGGUAGAAUUCGGACUGUGUCGCCAGGAGGGAGAUCUUAGGGCGUUCGGAGCUGGACUUCUGUCAUCAUUCGGUGAACUUCAAUAUUGCCUAUCGGACAAACCGGAUCUGAAGGAGUUCGAACCUUCCAAGACUGCGGAACAAAAAUAUCCAAUUACCGAGUUCCAGCCCGUGUACUUCAUUGCUGACAGCUUUGAGAACGCUAAAGAAAAGAUGAGAGCAUACGCGGACACGAUCCCACGACCAUUCAGUGUGCGAUACAAUCCUUACACUCAGACUGUAGAGGUCAUUGAUAACAAAAACCAACUGCUCAACUUGACGCGGUCAAUCAAAGGUGAUUUGAACCUUCUUGAAGAUGCCUUGAAGAAAGUUGGGAAAUUAUGAACUAUGAACAGUGAAUGGUUUUCGAGGAACAAACACACAAUAAUGACUUCAUUCCUAAGAAAAGACAGUGUAACGUUAUUUUCAGUAUUCACAAAUGUCCACUGGAAUAUGUAAUAACACAUUUUAGAAUGAUUUCGUCAAGUAUAUUCUCAUACCUUGUAUGUAUAUUCAUAAAUGCAUUUUCAUAAAUGUAAAGUUAGGUGUCCGACAUCAUCGCGAUGGGUGUGAUAAUUUUUUUUGUACACGUUCGAGAAUUUGUGCAAAAAAACGGAAAUCAAACGUAUACUUAAAGAUUUCCUCUCAUUUUUUUCAUAAUGUAGUAUAUUGUUGUGUUACUGGAGAGAGGGGGCGGGGGAAGUCUAGAUGUUACCUAAUAAAGUUUAGCAUGACAACAUAUAUAAAUAUCUCUAUUUACACAAUUAAGGAUUAUCUUGUCUUCAAUUCAUUUUUCUCUGUCAGUAUUAUAAAAGAACGCUAGUUCGUUGUCACAGAUGCAAGAUCCUGACGUCAUUUAUUUUCUAGUCAAAUUUGGAUAGUAUUAUUAUUAUUAUUACCGGUUGUUGCUGAAGUUGUAUGCUUAAGAUUACAUGCCAUAUUUUCGAAAUUGAGAGUUAAGGUCAAUCGCAAAUAGAGGAUUAGUUUUUGAGUAUUCAAAUAGCAGGUGAUAAACUGGAACAUUUUGUUGGGUGAAGUGAAAUGCUAAUGAACAAAGUAGAAUAGAAUAUGUUUUCUUGAUCAAUUUAUUAAAAUAAAUGAAAAAUGCGGAAGAAUAUAGCAUCGUAUUCUAGGAAGCAGAAAGUAAUAAUUUUGUAAACAUUUUAAACAAAGUGCUAAACAUAUUUCAGGAAAGCCUAAAGCCUAAGAUUAUGUACACUUUAACUAGUUAUUUCAGAAAUUCUGUCUGCAUUAAGCAUGAAACAAAAUUGUAUAUUUUGUACAUAUGUGGAGAUAUAUUAGUUUUCUUUGAAUUGAAGCGCUGUUAAUAUUGACAUAUAGUUUAAUUGUUAUACUGUUGUUAAACAACAUACUUUAUAUAUCUACUUACGUUGAACACACAGAUAUGAUUUUGAUGUGUACUUAUGUGUAUAAGAUAUGAAAUCACUGAAAUCAUGUUGUUGUAUAGCUUUAACAAAUAUAGUUUUUCUUUGCUUACAAUAUAAAUUUUGGUUUCAAAUUUCAUUUUAAAGUCAUUCAAUACACCGAGCAAAUCAUUUGAUGAAAUCGUCUUAAAGAAACUUAAAGUCGCAUAAUAUUUUAAAUACAUAUUGUCAUUGGGGCGUCUUACUGUUGGAUGCUGAAAUUAUUUAGUGUAAAUAUUUGUCACACAAAGAAAGACAAAGUUUUGACAUUUUGUCCAGUUUGGUAAUUAUUGACAAUACACUUUUCCACAAGAUACGGAUCAUGGCAGUGUCAUCUGAAGUAAGGAUCGAUUCUCAUCAAAACAAAAGUUUUGACGUGUAUAUAGGGAAAAAUGUUGGUCUGACUAAGUACCUAUUCGCAUUUGUAAACUUCUUGCAUAUUAAGUUUAGAAAUUUUUAGUUAUCCGAUUAGAGGAUAUUGCUAUAAUGUAUCAGCUAGUAUAUUAAUCAUGUUUUUUUCAUAUACAUAAACGGUGUUUGUAUAUAUUUGAU